AUGCUUGGCAAAGUCAAACACCAUGGGGAAAGAGUCAACGGCUUGUCAGUCGCUCUUCGCCCCAUCUCGGCCAAGGGGCAGAUCUUUGCCAAAGGUCGCGUCGUCGGCCCCGUCGAAACAAAACAUCAGCUGUUCCAAACAAAGGAGCAGCUCAUAUCCCCACCAAUACCCGCAAGAUCUGCCCACUGGCAUCAUCCUAGACUGCUUGUCAGGCACAAGCUUUUGGUCCAAGAAUGGCAAUUCUGUGCCGUUGCUAUGGCCUUCAAGCGAAGCCAACCCCUGGCCCUGAGCAGGACGGAACUGGAGCCCUUACCGAGUCCCGACUCCAUCUGGAAAAUUGCAGUGGGAGUGCAUCUGACGAGGGUUGAUGGAGGAACAAGGCCCGAGUUUUCCGUUGAGAUCAUGCUGGGAGAUCUGUAG